AUGGCCUUGUUCGAGGCCUUGUAUGGUAGGCGUUGUCGCUCUCCGGUGGGCUGGUUUGAGUCUACAGAGCCUAGGCCGCAGGGUACAGAUUUGAUUCAGGAGGCUUUGGACCAGGUGAGAGUGAUUCAGGAUAGACUCAGGACGGCUCAGAGUAGGCACCAGAGUUAUGCGGAUCGAAGGCGUCGACCUUUGAGAUUCUCUAUUAGUGAUCGGUCGAGAAAGCUACCUGGGAGACCGAGCAAGAUAUGCGAGAGCAGUUUCGUAGCUUGUUUGAGCCUUCAGGAGGCCCUGGAUCAGGUGAGGGUGAUUCAGGAUAGGCUCAGGACGGCUCAGAGUAGGCACCAGAGUUAUGCGGAUCAGAGGCAUCGACCUUUGAGAUUCUCUGUUGGUGACCGGGUAUUCCUCCGUGUGUCGCCCAUGAAGGGCGUGAUAGGGUUUGGGAGGCGGGGCAAGCUUAGCCCCAGGUACAUUGGGCCUUUUGAGAUACUUCGGACAGUUGGAGAGGUUGCUUAUGAGUUGGCCCUACCUCCAGUAUUUUCAGCCAUCCGCCCAGUGUUUCAUGUUUCGAUGCUGCGGCGAUAUGUUCCUGAUGAGUCCCAUGUGCUCCAGUAUGAUGCAGUCGAGUUGGAUGAUCGUUUGACAUUUGUAGAGGAGCCAGUUGCCAUUCUAGCCAGAGAUGUGAGGAGAUUGCGCUCGACAGCCAUUCCUGUUGUUAAGGUUCGUUGGAGGCAUCGUCCAGUCGAGGAGGCUACCUGGGAGACCGAGCAGGAGAUGCGAGAGAAGUUUCCCAGCUUGUUUGAGCCUUCAGACUGGAGUAUCAGACUUGAGUUUGAUAGUUCGAGCUUUAGAUUAGGUACUAUCGCUGCUUGCUGCACUUCUGUAUCUUCUUCGUCUAUUUCCGCGGUUCCAACGCGUUCUCGAAGGUUCAGUGCAUCACUAAAG